UUUUAAAAUCUCUCUGCUUUCUUGUCUCCCUCUCUCUCUCUCCUAAGCCUUUCCGCUUUCUCUCUCCUUUCUCCGGCGUCUCUGUUCGUUUACAUUAGGGUUUUGCGAUUUUUAAUUCGUGUACCAAGGUUAAAAACCAGAGCCCAUGGAAAUGGAGAAGAAGCAAGGAUUUUUCUCAGCGCUCAGAGACGAAGUCAUCAGAAGCUUUACCCCUUCUCGCUCCAGACCACGUUCUCGUUCCGCGAGCCCGUCCCGCUCAAACUCACACAUGAAGGCUCUUCUCUGGGGCAGGAAGAAGCUACUCGCAAGCUCCGGAUGCAGCCGCGCCGCCGGAGGAUAUCACCUAGCUUCGCAACCGGAGCCGUUGAUCGGAAGAUCGGAGAGCCUAAGACCUGUAAUCGAAGGUCCUGUUCCAGAUAACGACGAAACUCAAACGGAUUCGAAACGAAUCGGGUCGGGUCUAGGUCACUGGGUCAAAGGCCAGAUGUCACGUGCUCCCUCCGUGGCUUCUACGAGGUCCGACUUAAGGCUCCCCCUCGGCGUCUUGGGAGCUCCUCUCGCACCUAUUAAAGUCUCUUCCUCCAUCAGAGACUCUCCCAUCGUUGAAACUUCAACUGCACACUACAUUCUGCAACAGUACACGGCGGCUUCAGGCGGCCAGAAGCUACAAAACUCCGUCAAAAACGCUUAUGCUUAUGGUAAGGUCAAGAUGAUAACCUCAGAGCUCGAAACUCCGACGAGAACUGUCCGUAACCGAAACCCGACAAAGCCUGAAACGGGAGGUUUUGUCCUCUGGCAGAUGAAUCCCGACAUGUGGUAUGUUGAGCUCUCUGUUGGUAGUAGUAAGGUUCGUGCUGGCUGUAAUGGGAAGCUUGUUUGGAGACACACUCCUUGGCUCGGUUCCCACACUGCUAAUGGACCCGUCAGGCCACUUCGCCGUGCACUUCAGGGACUUGAUCCGAGAACUACUGCUGCUAUCUUUGCUGGGUCGAAAUGUGUGGGAGAGAAGAAAGUGAACGGUGAAGAUUGUUUCAUUCUGAAGCUGUGUACUGACCCUGGAACACUUAAGGCGAGGAGUGAAGGACCAGCGGAGAUCGUGAGACACAUUCUCUUCGGUUACUUCAGCCAAAGGACAGGACUUUUGGUUCAAAUCGAGGAUUCUCAGCUGAUCCGGAUCCAGUCUAACAGUGGUGAUGCUGUUUACUGGGAGACCACGAUCAACUCGUCUCUGGAGGAUUAUAGACAAGUGGAAGGGAUCAUGAUUGCUCACUCUGGACGCUCUGUUGUUACCCUUUUUAGAUUCGGGGAAGUUGCGAUGAGCCACACUAGGACAAAGAUGGAGGAAAGAUGGACCAUUGAAGAGGUUGCUUUCAAUGUUCCUGGUCUGUCUCAAGACUGCUUUAUCCCACCGGCUGAUCUUAGGUCUAGUUCUUUACUAACCGAGGCGUGUGAGUACUCGGAUCGAGAAGAGAAAGGGAAGAGCUCGAUCGUGUUGGCAGCUCAUAGAGCUAAAGUUGCAGCAUUGGAGAAAGGAAAGUUAGGCAAUGACCACCCGGUAUGGCAUAUUGAUGUCUGAGUAACAAGAUCCACGCCUUUGAAAUGAAACUAACUAACCCCUUUUGUUUUAGCUGCUCAAAAAUUAGGAGUUUGAUUAACUACUAUUGUUUUCGUUGGAUUGUUUGUGUUUGUUAUUUUUUUCUGUCACCUUCAAUGUUUUUGAUUAAGGAGGUGAUAGGAUUGAUUGAUCUUUGAUUUGCAAAAAAAAAUGGUAGUAGCAAGAGAAGGAGAAUUGCUGCUUACAUGUUGAAUUUGAUUUCAAUGGAAAAUUUCACUGUUAUGUUA